UGUGUUUAUUUGACCUUGCUGGCAUUGAUCCGCUGAGCUGUCGUACGACCUGCGCGCUGGUACAAAAUCACUUCUCACUUUUCGUGUAUACUUCGAUCUGACAGCAGUCGUGUUCCAUUGUUAAAGUUAAAAAGACCUUACAAUAAAAUUUCAAAUAUGUCAAACAUUGGUAUUAAUGGAUUUGGCCGUAUUGGCAGAUUGGUUUUGAGAGCGUCCUUGGAAAAGGGUGCUAAAGUUGUUGCCAUCAAUGACCCAUUCAUUGGUAUUGAAUAUAUGGUAUACUUAUUCAAAUAUGAUUCUACUCAUGGUCGUUACAAGGGAGAGAUUUCUGUUGAUGGAGAUUGCUUAGUUGUUAAUGGUAACAAAAUCAAAGUUUUCUCUGAACGUGAACCAAAAGCAAUCCAAUGGGGAUCGGCUGGUGCACAUUAUGUUGUUGAAUCUACUGGUGUUUUUACUACAAUUGAAAAGGCUUCUGCCCAUUUAGAAGGAGGUGCUAAAAAAGUCAUCAUCUCUGCUCCUAGUGCUGAUGCACCUAUGUUUGUUGUUGGUGUUAACUUAGAUGCUUAUGAUCCAUCUUACAAAGUUGUUUCAAACGCUUCAUGCACAACUAACUGCUUAGCUCCUUUGGCCAAAGUCAUCAAUGAUAAUUUCGGUAUUGUUGAAGGACUCAUGACAACAGUACAUGCUACAACAGCUACGCAAAAGACUGUUGAUGGACCAUCAGGAAAAUUAUGGAGAGAUGGUAGAGGUGCUGCCCAAAAUAUUAUCCCUGCUGCUACUGGUGCUGCCAAGGCAGUUGGAAAGGUUAUCCCAGCUUUAAAUGGAAAAUUAACCGGAAUGGCAUUCCGUGUGCCAGUUGCUAAUGUUUCAGUUGUUGACUUGACUGUUAGGUUAGCAAAACCAGCCAGCUAUCAAGCUAUCAAGGACAAAAUUAAGGAAGCUGCUGCUGGUCCAUUAAAAGGAAUUUUGGCAUAUACUGAAGAUGAAGUUGUAUCAUCUGAUUUUAUUGGUGAUAACCACUCAUCCAUCUUUGAUGCCAAAGCGGGUAUUCCAUUGAAUGAACAAUUCGUUAAGCUCAUCUCAUGGUAUGAUAAUGAAUAUGGAUAUUCCAACCGUGUUGUCGACCUUAUUAAAUUCAUGCAGUCAAAAGACUAAACUAGUCAUCUACUAAUUAUAGUUACAGUUGAAGUAACUUAAUGUUUGUGUUUUAGCAUAAAAACUUUUUUUUUAUUUGUCUGUCAAAAUUUUAUCAUCUACUCAUCAUUAUUUAUGUUUACUUAGUGUAAACUUAUCCUUUUUUUUUACAUGUUUUUUAGAUAUUUAUGUUUUGGAACCAUCUUAAUUAUAAAGUUAUAUACUUCAGUAUUUGAAUGAAUAAAUUUAAAAUGAAAAAU